AUGGUGCCUGCGGACCGCAUGCGGCCCUAUGGAAGCACACCUGCGGACCGCAUGCGGCCCUAUGGAAGCACACCUGCGGUCCGCACAAAGGAACAUCAGGAGGCGGUACAGCAGCAGGUGAAACAUCAGGAGGAGGUACAGCAGCAGGUGAAACAUCAGGAGGAGGUACAGCAGCAGGUGAAACAUCAGGAGGCGGUACAGCAGCAGGUGAAACAUCAGGAGGAGGUACAGCAGCAGGUGAAACAUCAGGAGGCGGUACAGCAGCAGGUGAAACAUCAGGAGGAGGUACAGCAGCAGGUGAAACAUCAGGAGGAGGUACAGCAGCAGGUGAAACAUCAGGAGGAGGUACAGCAGCAGGUGAAACAUCAGGAGGCGGUACAGCAGCAGGUGAAACAUCAGGAGGAGGUACAGCAGCAGGUGAAACAUCAGGAGGAGGUACAGCAGCAGGUGAAACAUCAGGAGGUACAGCAGCAGGUGAAACAUCAGGAGGAGGUACAGCAGCAGGUGAAACAUCAGGAGGUACAGCAGCAGGUGAAACAUCAGGAGGAGGCACAGCAGCAGGUGAAACAUCAGGAGGAGGUACAGCAGCAGGUGAAACAUCAGGAGGAGGUACAACAGCAGGUGAAACAUCAGGAGGUACAGCAGCAGGUGAAACAUCAGGAGGCGGUACAGCAGCAGGUGAAACAUCAGGAGGAGGUACAGCAGCAGGUGAAACAUCAGGAGGAGGUACAGCAGCAGGUGAAACAUCAGGAGGUACAGCAGCAGGUGAAACAUCAGGAGGCGGUACAGCAGCAGGUGAAACAUCAGGAGGAGGUACAGCAGCAGGUGAAACAUCAGGAGGAGGCACAGCAGCAGGUGAAACAUCAGGAGGAGGUACAGCAGCAGGUGAAACAUCAGGAGGAGGUACAACAGCAGGUGAAACAUCAGGAGGUACAGCAGCAGGUGAAACAUCAGGAGGCGGUACAGCAGCAGGUGAAACAUCAGGAGGAGGUACAGCAGCAGGUGAAACAUCAGGAGGAGGUACAGCAGCAGGUGAAACAUCAGGAGGAGGCACAGCAGCAGGUGAAACAUCAGGAGGAGGUACAGCAGCAGGUGAAACAUCAGGAGGAGGCACAGCAGCAGGUGAAACAUCAGGAGGAGGCACAGCAGCAGGUGAAACAUCAGGAGGGGGUACAGCAGCAGGUGAAACAUCAGGAGGAGGUACAGCAGCAGGUGAAACAUCAGGAGGAGGUACAGCAGCAGGUGAAACAUCAGGAGGAGGUACAGCAGCAGGUGAAACAUCAGGAGGAGGUACAGCAGCAGGUGAAACAUCAGGAGGAGGUACAGCAGCAGGUGAAACAUCAGGAGGAGGUACAGCAGCAGGUGAAACAUCAGGAGGAGGUACAGCAGCAGGUGAAACAUCAGGAGGAGGUACAGCAGCAGGUGAAACAUCAGGAGGUACAGCAGCAGGUGAAACAUCAGGAGGAGGUACAACAGCAGGUGAAACAUCAGGAGGAGGUACAGCAGCAGGUGAAACAUCAGGAGGAGGUACAGCAGCAGGUGAAACAUCAGGAGGAGGUACAGCAGCAGGUGAAACAUCAGGAGGAGGUACAGCAGCAGGUGAAACAUCAGGAGGUACAGCAGCAGGUGAAACAUCAGGAGGUACAGCAGCAGGAGGAACAGCACCAGGAGCUAUCGAGGAUAGCCGAAGUAGGAGAAACAGCAGCAGGAGCUAUCGAGGAUAACAGAAGUAGGAGAAACAGCAGCAGGAGCAAUCGAGGAUAACAGAAGUAGGAGAAACAGCAGCAGGAGCUAUCGAGGAUAACAGGAGUAGGAGAAACAGCAGUAGGAGCUAUCGAGGAUAACAGGAGUAGGAGAAACAGCAGCAGGAGCUAUCGAGGAUAACAGGAGUAGGAGAAACAGCAGCAGGAGCUAUCGAGGAUAACAGGAGUAGGAGAAACAGCAGCAGGAGCUAUCGAGGAUAACAGGAGUAGGAGAAACAGCAGCAGGAGCUAUCGAGGAUAACAGGAGUAGGAGAAACAGCAGCAGGAGCUAUCGAGGAUAACAGGAGUAGGAGAAACAGCAGCAGGAGCUAUCGAGGAUAACAGGAGUAGGAGAAACAGCAGCAGGAGCUAUCGAGGAUAACAGGAGUAGGAGAAACAGCAGCAGGAGCUAUCGAGGACAAUAGCAGUAUCAUUCAGAA